AUGGCUGAUUUCAACUUUCAGAAGCAGCCUGACAUCUGCACUAAUUGCAGCAAUCCUGGGACCAAAGAGCGUGCACUCAAACCAUGCACCAAGUGCAAAAUAACCCCCUACUGCUCGCGCAACUGCCGGAAAUCAGACUGGAAGUCCCACAAAAAGUCAUGCUCCCAGAACGCCCAAGACCGAGCAGACCGAAUCGCAAGCAUCGAAGCCAAAAUGGCAUCAGCAUCAGAACUGGCAUCAGCCGCCGCCGAUCUUGCCACAAGCCUCGCCGCCGAACCCACAGAGCAAACAAGUGGACCUCGACCACCCUCCCCCUCGGCCACUGAGCGUAUUCAAUCGCUGUUGAACCGACUCGAGACAGGGCAGCCAUUUCCCAAGAUCGGACCCGCACUUGGUGUGCAAAUCCCUAACCCCUUCCAGAGAAUCAAGGACAAGAAAUGGCUGCACGAUCGUCCCAAGGAAGAUAUCUACAAAUUGCUAAUUGACGCUUACCGCUUGCGCAUGGACGAUGACUAUAAAUUUCUCGGCCUCAAACAGCCAAACACGCCCUAUGCGGACGCCAAUUGCGACGGAACUGCCAGUCUCGAAAUUUUCCUCCGAAUGGCCGAGCUGUUAUCUCUGCUUCCGACGUGGUGGGAUGAAAGCGAAACCACUGCUUGUGUCGAGAGCGCAAAGCUUCUCACCUGGAGCAACACUGCGAUCAAAAUCACCGCCGACUAUGUGAGAUCGUACUAUGAGGACCCGUCGAUGCCGAUGCAGUUGCGUAUUAUCGCGGAACAGGUGGUUAGAAAGGAUAUUAUCGGGAUCGAAUUUUUGAAGCUGCUGGAUGCGGAGGUUUUGCUGGAGCGAUCGCACGAGUAUGUCGACUACGUUAUUCGGCAAAUGGAAGCGGAGCCGGAGCGAUCGCAGGAGAUCCUGGAUGACGUUCGUCGGCAAGUCGGUGAGCUUGAUCAAGAUGAUGGGAAGACAGACGUUGAUCCGGGUUAG